UACAACGUCGGUUAUAUACUAAGCAUCUUAGAUCUGAUCGAAACCCUUCUGUUUCAUAGAUUCAAAGAGAGAAAGAAAGCAAAAAGUCCCUAUUUUGCAAAAAUUGGUUUACUCAAAAAAACUGAAAAAUCAUCAGCUUGAGAAAUUAAUAACAACCCUGCUGCUUGCAUUGCUUGUGGUUCAUCUGCAGUUUUGAAGUUUGCAUUGGAUGCAACCCUCUGAAAUUUUUCAAGGCACCAGGCGGCCAAGUAAUACUAAGAAACGAAAGUUUCGAGCAAAUCUUUAAAGAGAGCACGUACCCUCCACAGGCCUAGUCUAUCAUCAAAUCAUCAAACAUAGGAACUGAGUUUUAGACAGUGACAUGGAUGGAGGAUACUCAUCUCCAACAGCUCAACGUAACAAAAAGGGCAGUGGAAUUGGAAGUACCCCUUCAAGAAAUGCCAUCACCACGAACGGCAAGAACCACCGGCACACGGUGGUGGACGAAGAUGAUUGUGGAGAUCCGAUUGAAUGCAGUGGGAAAUCAUGUAAGGCAUGCACCGGUGGCUUAAUCGCCGAUUGUGUAGCGGUUUGCUGCUGCCCCUGUGCUGUAGUGAACAUUUUGGCACUAGCAUUUCUCAAGAUUCCUUGGAUGGUGGGAAAGAAAUGCUUGCGAAUGGCGAAAAAGAAGAAGUUGGAGAAGAAGAGGAAAGAUGACAAGAGUUGCUGUUACAGUGCUGACCGCGUAAUGUAUGCGGACAGUGUAAAACGAGAAGAAGAAGAAGAAGGAGAAGUAGGGACAUUGGGUAUGGUAAAUUCCCAAUUUGGGGAGGAAGAGUUAAAGGACAGUUUUCGUGCAAGAAUUGAUGCAGAGGAAGUUUGGUUAGAGUUGUAUCGAGUUGGUCAUAUGGGUUUUGGCAGAGUUUCUUUCACAGGAAUUAAUUCUUCUCAAGGUAAGGCCAAUUAGGUCAA